GGUCAGUUUAACCAAUCACACGCGGGGACGCGAAGCUUGCGCCCGUUGCUUUUGUAACACCGAGCGCCAGAUUGGCUUUCCCUCUCGUCACGUGGCGUUUUGAUUAGCCCAAUGGGGAUAAGGUUGGGAGCGAAGUGGAGGGAGGGCCAGGGGUGCGAGUGGCGUCGGGAACGUGAGGGGGAGAGGCGGGCCGGGCGAGCGGGAGGGGCGGCUCGCACCCCCGCGUGCCGUCACUGCGUAGCGCCCACGAUUCAUUAUUAUUAUUAUUUUACUUGGUGCUUUAAGCUGCCAAAACGGCGGCCAUGUUAGCCAGCCGAAGGUGGCGUGACGCCGCCGUUUUCUGUCGCGUGGCCACCGCCGCCGCUGCGCUUCGCUGCCGCCCCCCGAGGCACUGCCGCAGCCUUUCCGCUGGAGUCGUUCACUGUUCGUCGUCGCCGCCGCCGCCGCCACCGCCGUCGGCCUCGGACGGCGUCGUCGACGAAGGCGCGGCGGAGCAGGAGGUGGCGCCAUUGCCGCCUUCUUCCCCCCCACGGCGGAGGGCGGAGUGGACGCGCCCGCGGGGUCACGAGACCGGCGCGCGCGUGCACAACGGCCUGACGCGCGCGCGCGAGCCCCUCGUGCUGGCGCGAGACCGCCUCGUCACGUGGUACAGCUGUGGGCCCACAGUCUACGACCACGCUCACUUGGGACACGCAUGCUCGUACGUGCGUUUUGACAUCAUCCGGAGAAUCCUCACCGCUGUAUUCGACGUCGAUGUCGUCAUGGCGAUGGUCAUAACGGACAUCGAUGACAAGAUCAUCAAGCGCGCUCGGGAGCUGAACAUGACACCGGACGUCUUAGCUCGAAUGUAUGAGGAAGACUUCAAGCAGGAUAUGGCUUCUCUCAACGUGCUGCCACCCGCCGUGUACAUGCGCGUGACCGACAAUGUGGGGCCCAUCGUGAGCUUCAUCGAGCGCAUCGUGGCGAAGGGCCACGCGUACGUCACACCGUCAGGCAACGUGUACUUUGACGUGCAGUCGAUUGGGGAGCGCUACGGACGGCUACGGAGGGUCCUCACAGACGUCACACCCGAGGCAGAGGAGGGCGAGAAACGUGGCAUGAGAGACUUCGCGCUGUGGAAAGCGGCAAAGGCGUCCGAGCCAUCCUGGGACUCACCGUGGGGGCCGGGCCGACCUGGGUGGCACAUCGAGUGCUCGGCCAUCGCUAGCCUGGUGUUUGGGAGCCAGCUCGACAUCCACACGGGAGGCAUCGACCUGGAGUUCCCGCACCAUGAGAACGAGAUAGCUCAGAGUGAGGCGUACCAUGGCUGCGAGCAGUGGGCCAACUACUUCAUGCACUCCGGACAUCUGCACCUAAAGGGCAGCGAGGAGAAAAUGUCAAAGUCUCUCAAGAACUUUAUCACCGUCAAGGAGUUCCUUCAGAAUAACACGGCCAAUCACUUCCGCAUGUUCUGUCUGAUGUCCAGAUACCGUUCCCCCGUGGAGUACAGCGAGGACAGCGUGCGAGCGGCGGUGGACGUGCUGGACUCGCUGUCCUCGUUUCUGUCGGAUGCGCGCGCCUACGUUGCCGGCACUCUGCACACGAGGCCCAUUGACGAGGCCCUCCUCUGGGAGAGGCUGGCGGAGGCACGGGCCGCGGUGCGGGCGGCGCUGGCUGACGACAUGGAUACACCGCGUGCCAUCGGUGCCCUCAUCACGCUGGUGCAGCACGCGCACAGGCAGAUGCAGACAGCCAUCCCGGUGGUGGGGGCAGUACGGAGCCCCAGCGUGCUGGGCGCAAUCGCCGCGUUCAUCGAGCGGAUGAUGGAGACGUGGGGACUCCAGCUCAGUGACGCACAGGUCCCUUAUGAACGUUGGUGGCACCACGGCAAGCAGGUGGCGGCGGUCGACGCGGGGCCUCCGGCGGCCGUGCUGGACCACGUGGUGGCAUUCCGCAGUGAGGUGCGCGACUUCGCAUUGGCAGGGGACGUCAUGCAGGAGAAGCGCCGAGGUGCCCGGGCUGAGCGUCGCGCGCUGCUGGACGCGUGCGACCGGCUGCGCGAGCGUCUCGCCUCUUGCGGCAUCGAGCUCAAGGACCGGGGAAACACAUCCACUUGGAGACACACGGAGACGAGGGUGACUGACAGGGGCACGGGAGGGGGCGAGUGACCAAAGCAGAGCACGAGCGAGUCUCCGCUGAAUCGCACGAAGCGUGCUUCAACCUCGGUGAAUCCUGGGUCCGGGGUCGGACCUGCGUCCUGGAGCGGAGCCCAGCCCCUCGGCUCAAUUCCGUCAUGGGGGAAGUCCCGAGUGAGACCCGAUGAGAGGCCUCUGCUGGACGAUUACAUGCACUACGGCUAAGAGAGCCUAGGCUUGUUUGCCUUGAGGGUGCCACUCCGGUGCCAAGACAUUGCUUUUGCAGGGGUGCCGAUACUUCAAUUUGUGGCUCCCAAGUCUCAGCAGAGGCGAGGUUGUCAAUUGCUUCAUGGAUGGGCACUGCACUGAGCGAUGCCCAAUUGGAUUAUACGAGGCUCAGGUCUUGCCAGGUUUUGACAGGAAAUCCGAUUUUAAACUUUCCCUCCCCCACAUAUUGUGUUUAUUGACCCAGAUUAGUGCCCGAGGAACCGACGAAUGCUUUUAAAAUUUACCGAGUAUGCCUUGAUUUUCACCCCCUACGUUUUUCUUCACGUCACUUAAUGUCGCUGGGCAUACUGCCUACAAAGCAACAAUUGAACAUUAAACAGAUUGCUUUUUUUGCCUUGACAAGGUGGAUUCUAUCCUGGCUCGUGCUGCGGCUGGUAAUUCAAUUCCCCUUCAUGCUGCCAGCCAAACACAUUAGCACGACCUGCUAUGAACGUCUGAAAAAUGUUGACUCUGCUUUCCCUGGAAGGGGACUUAUAAAGUGGGAUGGACUGAAUACGUUGAAGUGUUGAGUGAUUUCAUUACGGGGAUGCGAGCAGAUGUUCACGUAAUUCUCAAUCUCGUUAGGGAUUGGCGAGGCUGUAAAUACGAUGCAAUCCGUGCAGUGACGCACCGCUGUUGCAGCACAUGUUGUUGAUCGUAGUCACGUGUUUGUUAACCUGUCCGUGUAGAUGCACGUGGAGCGGUGUUAAGUUGUCUUGGCUGUGGCAGCCAAAGCUCGACUUCCCAUGCCUAUUCAUCAGUUAGGUCGCUGGGCUCAAACACGAAGUUGCUUUGUUUACAUCAGGUGAAUAACAUAUCCACAUUGGCCACCAAUUCAGUAAAGGCAAAUGUUAAUUAAAUAAAAUUCAAAAUCCUUUACAAGAA